CAUGCGCUGUACCAUCCACAAAUCUCGCUGCAGGGAACAGCAAAGUAUAAGUGAAGUGUUGGUUCCGAGGUGAGCGUCGCUCCCCAACAGGCAAGAAUAAAGGUGCGCCGCCCCUCCGCCGCCUCCUGUAAACACUGCAGCAUGGCGGCGACAGACAGACUAAGAAGUUCUCUGAAGAAGGCAAAUAAUUUUUCAGUCAACAGAAGAAGUAUAGAUGCAUUAAAAAAUGCUGAGAGAAUUGAUGUUAACGAGGAGCUGGGAAAGUUGCAGCCAUCACAACGCCUUCUUGACUUUUACCGAGAAAAAAUCACUAAGAUUGAAACAGAACACCAACGCAUGUGGGACUUGCUUGAGAAAUACAGGAAGGCAUCAAGACCCACAUUUGAUGAAGGGGAGCGUCAGGACAUGACACGUGAGCUGAUUGAGCUGCGGUCAGCCUUGUCGGACAUCAAUGUUUUCCUCCAUGCAGAGAGGCAGCAAGUUUCUCGUCUUCAUGCAGAAAAUGAACAGCUGCAGUUAGCAAAUCUAGAGGCUGAGAAGAAGGUGUCAAUGUUGUUGACCUUGAGUGGCUUGACAGAGGGAGAGCUGAAGGUGUUCUUGCGUGAUGCCCGCCGCACCACCAUUGUCAAACAGAGGUUGCCACCACACCUCAGAAUGCUCCAUAAUAAGCUGAGGGAGGACUUGCCAAAGCCUGCACCAGGACACCCAGAGGAAAGUGAUGAAGAAUUAAUCCUGAAAGCAGAGAUUAACUCCCUGAAAAAGCAACUACAAGAAUCAAAGAGAAACUGGCAGUGUGAGAAAGAUGCUCUCCUCCAGGACAGAACAUUAGUAGCCUCUGAAAACAAGCUUCAGGUCUCCAAGGAUGAGGCACACAUCAAUCUUCUUACAGCAAGGUUAGAAGAGUCCCAGAAUCUUGUCACAGAGACCAUUCAAGAUUCAUUGAAGUCCAAGUCUAAAAUGCAGGAUCUGGAGAUGAAGUGGUUGGCUGAGAAGGACUAUCUCCUCUCUGUCUUAGCUUCUAUGGAGGAAAACAUGUCUUUAGUCUCUCACUUGGAGGCUAUUGGCAGGUCAGGCAGUUAUACGGAUCUAACGAAGACAAAAUCAACAUGUGAACUUAAAGAUCUGAGGCGAGAGAAUGAACUACUGAGGACUGAGAUGGCAGAAGCUGAAGAUUUAUGUGCUGUUUAUGAGUCCCAGUGUCUACAGCUGGAGCAGAAAAUGUGCAAACUUCGUGAGGAGAAGGAAGCAAGUGAGCAGAUGUUUAAGGAGCGAAACCAAAAACUUGCUAAACAGAUUGAAAUGCUAAAAGAGGAAAACAUGAAGCUAGAUGAAAGGCGAAAGACAGAUACUCGAGGCUUUCAGUCCAGCAUCAGACUUUUGAAAGAAGAUAUGAAGACAGUUGUCCAUCAGAUGUAUAAGCUGACAAUGGCCUUCUCUGGUGAUACCAUACCAGUGGAUUUCACAGUGCUGAAUGAGAUGCAGGCAGUGGCUACUUUGGUUCGGGCAGUGCAGAAUACUAUCAGUGAGGCCAGACGGAGGGCACUCAAGGGGGAGAGUGACCUUGUCCAUACUGGAGAGUUAUAGGUGAAAGAGGGGGAUGAAGGUGGAUGCAGAGUGAACCUACCCAUUCCUCAGGACCACUUGCACAGGAGUUGGGGGAGGAAGAAGGUAAUAUUAUAGACAUUGGAGAAUUGUAGGUGGGGAGAACAAAUUUCUUCAUUCUGGAGAACUGUAGGAAAAGGGAAACAGGGACUGUGUCCUUGAAGGCUAGUGAUUAAAAUUGAAAAUGUUUGUCUUAAUUUGUUCUGAAUAAAAUAUAUUAAUAUUACAAUGCCAAACCUAUAGGUCAGGAUUAUUUGAUAAGAAUUUUUGCCAUGGCUAUCCUCUUUGGUGGAAUUGUAAGUUGUCUUGAGAUACAGAGAUAAUUAAAUUAGAUCUAUGAAA